GUUCAUUGUUCAUCAUUCGUCGUUCACUGACAUCGACAUUUGGCAUAUUUCACAGUGAUUAACAAAUAUAAAAAGAUAAUGGUAUCACAGACGUAUCUUUCCCUACACUAUAGUAAGAGUCUACAUUGUGUGUAAGAUCCACGUUCGUGACACUAUAGUAAAUGUCUACAUUGUGUGUAAGAUCCACGUUUGUGACAAAAAUGGGGAAAUUAUAUCAAUAGUCGAAUAUGCAGUUUCAAUUAAAAGUUUUAUUAUAGGAAUUAAUGAAAAGCAUGGAGAGUGACAUUGAUAUUUAUGCAGAUUUGCCAGAUUUUGGACCAGAGUUUAGUAAAAACUUUGUAUCAGAGAACGAAGAAAAUACCGCGGAGAAACAAUUAGAAUUGAAAAAGCAGAUUGCAGAACUUACGGCAAAAUUAGAGAAUUCUGAAAAGGUGAAUAAAAAUUUAGAAAUUAAUUUAUUUUCAUUAUUAAAAACUGCAAAAGCAGAAAUUACACGCAAGGAUAAAAUGAUUGACGAUUUAAGGAAAAGAUUAGACGAUGUAACAUUCAGAAGGAGUUCAUACUCUAACAAUUAUGUUAUACGUAAAUCCACCCUUUCUACGACUGUUACAAAUACACAUCAAAAAUCAAUUGACAUUUGCUUUUCUGUUAAUGAAAAGAGUACUCAAAUGUCGAACUCAAAUAGUUUGUCCAAUCAGAGCAAGGAUCAACAAAACAAAUCCACCUUAGUUCCAAUUACCGUUUUUGGCGAACGAUUACUUAAAAGAAUGAUGGACGAACAGAAUUUGGAAAAAAAAGAUAGAUCAAACAAGUUGAAUAACAGUGAUAAUGAUGAUAAAAACAAUGCAGGAUAUACAGUUGAAAGUGACAAAGAAAAUGGUUUUUCGUGCGACACUAACUUUGAUAAUACAAAGGAAAUCCAAUCUUCUGUGAUUGCACAAUACAAAGGAAGCGAAAAUCUAUUAGCAGGUUCAGGAAGUACAACAAAAGAUGUUCAGUUGAACAAUAAAAAUGAGAUGAGUUCUACAUUUCAAAGAAAAUCAACAUUCACCUAUACAGGAAAAAGAGCAAAUGAAGAAGAGAAUAGGCACAUUCACGUAAAACGAAUGAAACCUAGUGGAGAAAAACAUUGCUUUGACGUAACAAAGAAAGAAACGGAUAAUAACGUAGUCUCUGAAUCUAAUGAGAAGUCAGCAUUCCCUCGAUACAACGACUUUGGAUUCUCUGAUUAUUCUAAUGAAAAAGGCCACAACAAAAAAUAUUCAGAAUACGUCCAUACCUCGAGCAUGGAACUAAAACAUAGAUACUCAAUUCAUGACGCAAAUAAAGCAGAUGAAAGGAGAGAUACGAAGAACAAAAGCGACAAAAGAGACAUUAAUGAUGAUCAUUCUUUGAAACGACGUAAGUCUACUCAAAAUUCAACAUUGUAUAUUUAUAAUUCAGACAAAAAAGACACGAGUUAUCGUUGUGUCGAGGCUUUUGAGAGAGAUAAUUGUCGACGCAGUCACAGUAAAUAUCGUAGUAGUAGAGAUAAACAAAAAGAAUAUCAUCGCACGGAUGAUCAUCGAUCGCGUGAGAAAUCAACAUCGUACACAAAGUCGUAUCGAGAAGAAAAAUACCAUAGAAAUCAAUAUAAUAAUAAGCACAGUGAUCACGAUGGAAAGUUUGAGGAACGAUGUAAUCUUCGGAAUAGUGGCACGGCAAAUAAAUCGAAAAUCCCCAAAAAAGAUACAACGUACAACGACAGGCAAACGAAGCAUUCUACCAUUGAUCGAAUUUCAACGGAUCAGAGGUUUGACGAGGUAAAAAAGGCUCAAUGUCGAUACAACGAGCAUGAACCACGAAAAAUGCGGAAUAUUGAUGAAUCGAUUAAACGACACGACAAAGAUAAACAAGAUGAAUAUAGCGAAUGUUCGCGUUCACGUCGCAACUCUGAUGCAGAAAAUUUAAUCGAGCAUCCAAAAUAUUCUCAGGUUUCAAAGAAGAAAGAAAUCGAUGGAACUACACAAACAGCAAAUGCUCUGGAAAUUGGUAACGAAGAAGAAUCAAAGAAUUCAUCGAUAAAUUUGGAAGACGAUGAAAUUUCAGAUAGCCGAAAUAAAAAUUCGUCGAAAGAUACAUGCAAUAAUUACAAAAGGUCAAAGGAUCAGCAAGAUACCGAUGCGAAUCUCCCGCCAGGAGAUCCCUCUUUCGCAGUGAAUAACACAUCGGUAAAGAGUACCGUGAGCAAUGAAACGGAGAAAGCUCUCGAUGUUCUACGAACGGUUCCAAUCUUAGAUACCAACAUCGCGUGUUCUCCAGGCGAAACAAUUUCUAAAAACAUCGAAAGUGUCGAGAACAUUGAGAACAUUGAAAAAUUCAUUCGCAGUUCUGUUUCCACGUGUGAUAAAGCUCCUGGGAACAUGUCAGGAAUAACGUCGAAUAACGCUUCUAAUGAUUUACAGCCAGGCACGGUAGAAAAGGAGAUGCAAGGGAAUGCAAACGCUCCAAAUGCCUCGUCGGAUAACGCUAUGUCGUUCGUCGAAAAUCGUCAAACAGAUAAGAGCGUCACCAAUGUCGCCAAUGUCGCAUCAAGCGAAAACAACUCUGUCAAAGAUAAUUAUACGCAGUCAGAGUUACGGACAACGCUUUUGCAAGAAAACGAACACGUUGGAUUAAAUUCCAACUCGGAAUUAACGAACGUUGAUCAUUCAGUUAACGUUCAAUUAAAAACCGAAUCGAAUGUUCUCGAAACGGUGAGGAAAACGGAAUCGCAACAAAAAAAGCAUAACGAUACCAGCGCGAAUGCUGCCGGUGAUCUUGAUAUUAGGAACAAUUGCCAUAAUACCGACGAUUGCUAUGAAGAUGAAAUUAAUCAAAAUAGUCCCGAGGAUGUGACGAACACGCCGUCGACACAAGAGAACGAGAAUGCAAGCAUUGCGAUGGAAGUAACGCGAGGAAAAGAGUGUGAUAAAUAUAUAGGAAAAACAGAAGAGAUAGAAUUAAGGGUAUUUAAAAAACCAUUGGAGAAAAGUAUAAAUCAUAGUAAUAAUAGCAGCGCAAAAGAUUCAAUGAACGUUUACGGAAAGAUUGUUGUAUUCGCGCGUCGCAAGAAACCUGUCUGCUUGGCAAACAGCAAUGCAAACAUGACUGUUCUUAUAAACAACAAACACGAUACUGGCGUCGACUUAUCCACUGCGGAUAUUGGAAGAAUAAACGGGCCCGAUACGGCAAACACGAGUUCAUCAGUCGUCAAAACUACAAAUAUGUAAUGAUAAUGGCAAGCAUUCAAUGGCAACUAGUAUUCAAUGGCGAUGAUGAUCAUUAUUGUUCACGUUAUCAUUAUCACGAUGAUAAUAACAAGUGUUGAAUAGUUGAAUACAUUCAUUGGGAAGUGGAUUGAUCUCAAGAUACAAACAUAUUCUUCGGAAAGAAUUCAUCGAUACCUAAAACUUAGAAAACAUCACAUCAUUGUUGUAACAGGAAAUUGUACAUAAACUUUUGUAAAUAAUGCAUAAACAAUACAAUGUAUAUGAAAAAAACAAAUUUUUAGGUCGCUU